AUGAGUAUUAUUUUAAAGCAUCAUCUAAUAUUACCAAAUUUCAACCUUAAUGAAACUUUACCUUUCAAAAAUUAUAAAACUAACUCUAUUACAACUAUAAGAUCAUUAUAAAAGACUUAAACCACUUAAAAAAUGAGUCGUAAUAAACCAUAAUCAAUAAUAGAAAUGUAAGCAAAUAAAACAAAUUUUACUUUUCCUGUUAUUAGUAAACCUUCACCAAAAAAUAAAACUUAUAAAUAAAACUUAACAAUUAGAACAGAAUAAAGUAAUGAUAAAGCAAUCAAAGAUUACUUAGAUCAUUUGAAUACAUUAAGAUCUUAAAAAAAUACUUAAAAAUAAAAUAAUUUUAAGAAAGUAAGAACUGAAACUGAAAUCAUAUAAUAUGGAGAUAUUAAAUUUAAAAAUGUAAAAGAAAAUUCUACAAAAAAACCUCUUACUUUAGCAUCAAAUGUUAGAAAUCCUUAAUCUUAAUCAUAUAUCAAAUUUAGUUAAUAGAUCUUUUCACUUGUUUAUAGUUUAGAUAAUCUUAAAGUAUGAUCUUAUAAUUUUAUUUAAGAAAUAUAUUAACAAUGAAAGAAAACUGUUUUAAGUUAUUAAGUAACUUAUUGGAUUAAAAAAAAAUCUACGCAAAAUAAUACUAAAGUAAAAUGGGGAAGAAUUGGUAGAAUUCUCUGAAAUUAGUAAAUUAUGUUGUAUUAGAGAAAUAUAGUAUAUAAAUGGAGAAUAAAAAAUUGUAGAUAAAUUUGAUUUAUCUCUAUAUGAUGAUUUAGUAUAUUUAACACAAACAAUAGAUAAUCUUUUAUUAUCAAAUGAAAUUCAUUAAAUUAAUCGAAUUAGCGAUAAUGUAUUAAUUCUCAUAAAAUUCAUAUAGAUUUAAAAGGAAACUUAAUAAGUUCUUAAAAUCUAACAUUCUAUGA